AUGACCGUCUCCAGGCUGCGGCACGUCCUGUUGCUGGCGGCGGCGGCGGUGGCGAUGCUGAGCAGCGCGGCUGCGGCCACAGGAGACGGGUCGUCGUCGAUCGUCGACCCGGUGGCCACCGGGUCGAACCGAGUGUCACCCGAUGCCGUGCACCGGCCACCCCCAUCAACCGCCACAAGCCACUCGAUGCUCAUCAAUCAAUUGGGGCCGCGAGGCCCGAGCAACGGCCAGCCAACGGCCAGCUGGCGGCCAGCCACCAGCGCUCCGGCUGAGCGAUGUCGCGAAGGAUGCCUACAGAAGCGUUCGAUCAAGGAUAUUCUCUGCGCACAGCAGCGCGAGUGCUCAAUGUGCUGGGACGUUUGUAACCGGCACAACCAGAUCCGGCGCGAGAACGAGCUGGCUCACCGGUUGCUGCUGAGCUUGGUGCGCCUGGUACGCAACGAGUCCGUGGUGACGGCGGGGCUCGAGUGGACGACACCGGCGGAGCUGGUGCGUCACCAGCCGCCGGCGACCCGGGCGGACCCGGGGGCGUCCGGGCCGUCGCCGGCUCCGCUGGCGGCCACCGAGAACGUGGAGCGCCUGGUCCGGAUUUCGCGGGCCGAGACCGGAGCUCCCUCCCGCGUGAUCACGACGUCCGCCCCACCGCGCCGCCGGGCCACCCUGCCGGAGCCGGAGCUGCAGGAGUACCACCAGUGUCUGGUGUCGUGGGAGAUCCUGGGCGGCGGGCUCACCGGUAACCUGCUGACCGAAACGUUCAAGGUGGAGCUGUCGCUGUGGCCCAACACCAAGUACCACGUGCACGUCACCUGCCGGAACAAGGAGACGGAUGCGUUGAUUCGGUCGGCGUCGCUGUUGGUCGACACGAGCGAAGCGCUGAUCGUCAACGGUCCAGCACCUACCCCGGAGCACCCGUCCACCCAGCGGCCAACGGUUGGACCGCCGCCGGGACCAUGGGCACCGGACGGUGACGACGAUGGCGAGGUGAUGGCUGUCGCUGCGCCACCAUUCGGGGGUGGCCCCGGACCCGGCACCUCCCAGGAGCUUCUCAUCCUCGGUGGGUUCGUGGCGCUCCUGCUGCUCGUGCUCCUGUCGCUGAUCGGCGUCAUGCUGGCGGUCGCCCAGAAGCCGGUCGUCGCGCCCGACGACGGCGAGCUGCUCAUCGAGAGUGAGGUCCUACCGAAGAUCCUGCACGUCUGA